AUGAGCAACGAUCCACAAGUAAAGAAGGAGGAAUCAGCUGAAGAUACUUCUACGGCGAUCCUUAGACCAAAAUCUAGUCCAAACCGUUUGAUUGUCGAUGAAGCAACAGCAGACGACAACAGUGUGGCUACUAUAAACCCAGCAACGAUGGAAACUCUCGGCUUAUUCCGUGGUGACACUAUCAUCGUCAGAGGUAAAAAGCGCAAGGACACAGUCCUCAUCUGUCUCUCCUCUGACGAUGUCGACGAGGGCAAAAUACAAAUGAACAAAGUCGCACGUAACAACCUCCGCGUAAAGCUCGGUGACGUAGCUAACAUUCACGCUUGCCCUGAAAUUAAGUACGGAAAGCGUAUCCACGUUUUACCUUUCGACGACAGCAUUGAAGGUCUCACUGGUAACAUCUUCGAUGUCUACCUUAAGCCAUAUUUCUUAGAGGCAUACCGUCCUGUCCGUAAGAACGACACCUUCCUAGUUAGAGGUGGUAUGCGUACUGUUGAGUUCAAGGUCGUCGAGUGCGAUCCAUCCGAAUUCUGUAUUGUCGCACAAGAUACCGUCAUACACACAGAGGGUGACCCAAUCAAGCGUGAAGAUGAGGAGUCUAAUCUCAAUGAAGUUGGUUAUGAUGAUCUUGGUGGUUGCAGAAAGCAACUCGCUCAAGUUCGUGAAUUAGUCGAAUUGCCUUUAAGACAUCCACAACUUUUCAAAUCCAUUGGUAUCAAACCUCCACGUGGUAUCUUGAUGUACGGUCCACCUGGUACCGGUAAAACUCUCAUGGCUAGAGCUGUAGCUAAUGAAACCGGCGCUUUCUUCUUCUUGAUAAACGGUCCAGAAAUUAUGUCUAAAAUGGCUGGUGAAUCUGAAUCAAACCUCCGUAAAGCUUUCGAAGAAGCUGAAAAGAAUUCACCUGCUAUCGUUUUCAUUGAUGAAAUUGACGCUAUUGCACCAAAGCGUGAAAAGACCAACGGUGAAGUUGAAAGAAGAGUAGUAUCACAAUUGUUGACACUCAUGGAUGGAUUAAAAGCACGUUCAAACAUUGUCGUUAUGGCAGCAACCAACAGACCAAACUCUAUCGAUCCUGCUUUGAGACGUUUCGGUAGAUUCGACAGAGAAGUUGAUAUCGGUAUCCCAGAUCCAAUUGGUAGACUUGAAAUCUUACGUAUUCACACUAAGAACAUGAAACUCGGCGAUGAUGUCAACCUUGAACAAAUUGCAGCAGAUACUCAUGGUUACGUUGGUGCGGAUAUGGCUAGCUUGUGCUCUGAAGCUGCUAUGCAACAAAUUAGAGAAAAGAUGGACUUGAUCGAUCUCGAUGAAGACACUAUCGAUGCUGAAGUCCUUGACGCACUGGGUGUUACAAUGGAGAACUUCCGUUACGCUCUUGGUGUAUCUAACCCAUCUGCACUCCGUGAAACUGUCGUUGAAGUUCCUACUGUCACCUGGAACGACAUUGGUGGUCUUGAUAAGGUUAAGCAAGAAUUACAAGAAACUGUUCAAUACCCAGUUGAACAUCCAGAAAAAUUCAUCAAGUACGGUAUGUCACCAUCUAAGGGUGUUCUCUUCUAUGGUCCACCAGGUACUGGUAAAACAUUGCUUGCUAAGGCUAUAGCAAAUGAAUGUCAAGCAAACUUUAUCUCAAUUAAGGGUCCAGAAUUAUUGACAAUGUGGUAUGGUGAAUCUGAAGCCAAUGUUAGAGAUGCAUUCGAUAAGGCUAGAGCAGCAGCACCAUGUGUUAUGUUCUUUGAUGAAUUAGAUUCAAUUGCUAAGUCAAGAGGCGCAGGUGCAGGUGGUGAUGCAGGUGGUGCUUCUGACAGAGUUCUUAACCAAAUUUUGACGGAAAUGGAUGGUAUGUCAGCCAAGAAGAACGUAUUCGUUAUUGGUGCAACUAACAGACCUGAUCAAAUUGAUCCAGCAUUGUUACGUCCUGGUAGAUUAGAUCAAUUAAUUUACAUUCCAUUACCGGAUGUUCCAUCUAGAUUAUCAAUUCUUAAAGCAACACUUCGUAAAUCACCAGUUGCACCAUCAGUGGAUCUUGAAUUCCUUGCGAACCAAACUCAUGGUUUCUCUGGUGCUGAUUUGACUGAAGUUUGUCAAAGAGCCGCUAAAUUAGCAAUUAGAGAGUCAAUUAACGCUGAUAUAGAAGCAAAACGUGCACAAAAGGAGAAAUUAAUAGCUGAAGGUGCUGAUCUUGAUGCUGCAAUGGAGGAAGAUGUUGACAAUGAUCCGGUACCUGAAAUUACGAUCGCACACUUUGAAGAAGCAAUGAGAUUCGCUAGAAGAUCUGUAUCUGAUCAAGACAUUAGAAGAUACGAAAUGUUUGCACAAAAUCUCCAACAAUCUAGAUCAUUUGGCAGUCAAUUUAGAUUCCCUGGACAAGGUGAACAAGGUGCUUCUCAAGAGCAAGAUGGUCAAGGUCAAUUUGGAUCUGGCGGGGAUGACGCUGAUGAUCUCUACGCAUAG